GAGGAGACACGUGGUCAGACCCAGUCACCCAAUCCCAACAAUCAAUGUAACGGUGUGGGGGUAGCUCAACAGCAGUAUCAUGGCUUCUUCUUCUUCUUCCUUUCCAAGCUUUAGCUGCUUCUGCAAAGCGCCACUCCCCAAUUCAACCUCACCCACCCACUUUUCUUUAUCUUUUCCUGCCUCUAUCCUUGGUGGGUCUGGUGCUGUUUCCCUCCACACAACUCGCUCUCACCCAACCACUCGUGCCAAGUUUGAGAAAUUCCAAGAUGACCCUCCUCAAGCUGAUGAUCUUCAGUUCUCCGCAGCUCCAUCUCAAUCUUCAUCCCCUUUGGAGUCACAGCAGCAAGCAAUUCAAGAAGAAGUAGAGGAAGAUGACAGCUGCUUGCCUUCUGACUUGGAGGGUGCAGUCCGGCAAUCAGGUCAAGCAAGUGCCUCGUUUGUAUCUUCAGGAGGAAUGAGAGCCAUAGUUGAACUCUUGAUACCACAAUUGCAGUUUCUUGAUGAUGAAGGGGCCCAAGCUGAGCUCUGGGAACUGUCGAGGAUUUUCAUAGAUACGCUAAUUGAAGAAACAGGAUGUCAGAGAGUGAAAGCCAUAUUUCCCGAUGCUGGUGCUGCCGCACUUCUAAAGUAUCGCUGGGGCGAUGCUGCAUUUGGAUUCGCCAGUUUGAGUGACCGGAAGCCUGUAGAGGCUGAAGAUGAGCUUGUUGUCAUGGUUGUUCCUGACUAUCAGAUGUUGGCAUAUGUAGAGCGAAUUGCAUCUAAUCUUUCGGAUGAUCCGCCAAGGCCUCUCAUCAUGUGGAACCCCCGUCUGAUCAGUGAGGAUGUUGGGGUUGGGUUCAAUGUGCGGAAGUUACGGCGUUCUUUUUUAAGCACUUUUACUGUGGUUUACUCCAUGAGACCUCUGCCUGCUGGUGCUGUCUUUAGGUGUUAUCCAGGAUCAUGGAAGGUGUUCUAUGAUGAUAAGGACAGGCCAAACCGUUACCUGCUAGCCAAAGAACAAAUAAGCCGUCCUGAUGCUGAAGAACUUGAGAUAAUAUUCGGAGAUGUACAAGAUAAGUCCGAGAAGGGCCCUUCCUUUUUUGGCCAAGCAGCCAGUAUCUUUUCCUCACUAAAUCGAUUCAUGAAAGUGAUUUCAAAGUAGUCUUUCGUUGUCUCUCUGUUUUGGUUGUAUGUAUCACAAUUUUAACUCUAAUCCAACAAGAUUUGGUUUCCUUUA